GGACUUUGAUCACAAUCAAGCAUGGCUGCCUUGUGGAGGUCAAUCCGGCACACUCGACGAUAUCGGGGAACGUUUUGCAAAUAUUUAGAAUUCCGACGCUGCUUAUUGUCUGACAAUUAUCGAUGUCAAGAAGAAUGGCAAAAAUAUCUCAAUUCUCCCACUCUGACACAAGUAGAAUUUGGAUACCUGUCUUAUCAAAUGUAUACAAAAUUUGAUAAUCAGGGCUUCAGCAGUCUGAUAGACAUGGAUAUUCUUGCCAAUAAAAUACAGACAAUGCAUGAACAGGACCACGAAUACAUGCAGAGAAUAAUUAAAAUGUUUCGGAGAAGCAAAGAUGCAUUUCCUGUACGUGAUUCCAUUGUACAUGGUAUUAUAAGGAACUACCUAGAAAAAGGAAUGGACAAAGAAAUCCUAGAAAUGAUACAAGAUCGGAAAACAUUUGGUUUAUUUCCCGACUCUUACACUGCCAAUUUACUGAUGGACCACUUCAUCAAGCUGGAACAGUUCCCUGAGGCUGCCAAGGUGGCGUAUGAAUUGAUGUUCCAGGAAGACUUCAGUGGUCGGAUAAACUUCCUGUUAGCCUUGUACACGUGCACAAAACACUUGACUCACACUGCGACCAUGGACGCCCACUCGAAGGAAGAGGAGGACGUUCAGGAGGAAGAGGAUGAAGACGAUGAUGAUGAUAACGUCGAGUGGGUAGCCAAGAAAGUCGUCCAAGCCCCACAUUAUGAUGACCACUUUGACAUCCAAUGUGAACAGUACAAACUGGGGAAGACUAUGUACAUGCUUGGCUGUGUCCAAGGGGACAACCUCCUGGGACGGUCAGUAAAGCUAACAGGCCUGGCCCUCUAUGACAAGUUCGCUAGGGCCUUGAGUCUACUGAAACAGUGGAAGGAGACGGGGGAGAAGGAGGUAGUCAUGAAAGAAGCGGUCGACAGAUUGGGAGAACUACUGAACGAAACUGCUACUAGAGACCCAGAUGCUCCGGAGAAGGAAUACGCGAUGCGGACAUUGAAGGAUGAUAUACUUAAACAUAACCUAACACCUGAGGAAAAAGAAAAAUACACAAAGGAACUACAAGUACUGUCUGCAGAACUUGAAAGCAACGGUCAGUUAUCCUCUCACUCUCUGAUUACUGAAGUAGAGACAUUUGUGACAGGACAGCUGAAAAACUCGGAGAAAGCAGACAUGGACAGCUAUGUAAAACAUUUAAACCUAUGGGAGAAAGAACGACAGGAGAUGUUCGAUCAACAGGUAGAGGAUUAUCUACGUAAUGAGAAGAUUGAAGAAAUCGCGCAGAAACUUGCAGAACUCCAGGAAAAGGAGGAGACACUUAGAUUCUUUGAAAACAAACAGCAAAUCAAGAGGGCAUAUAUAAAAGCUCCAUGGGAGAAAGAGGAAGAAAGGGAAAUGACUUUGGAUGAGCUGGAGGAGAAAGAAAGAAACAAAAAGAACAGAAAGAGUGUUUUAUAUAAAAGGCGUCGUUGAUACUGACUAUUGUGUGCAUAUUACAAUGUGUGAUUUAAGAGAGUCAGUGAUUAUUCUUAAAUAUGUCAUAAAUGAUGAAAAAGUUGGGAUCCGGAUUAACUCUGGACACAUCACCAAGGUAAAGAUGUCUGAGGCCAGUUUCAUUGAUAUUCCUUAGCUUAAAAUUUUCCAUAGGAAAGCGUUAAAGUAUUAUAUCCCCCCUUAAAUUCUAUAAUGAUUUCUAAUGGUAAAUUUUCGGCUAAGAAAUUCCGGAAGUUAAGUGGCGAUGGUAAAACCGGGGCUGCGUAGAGUAUAACUUGGCUUCAUUUUAAUGUUCUGUUUCACAGCACAAGCCUUAUAGACUGAUUGACGCACUCUUUCCCUCAUCAAAAAACAAAUACUAGAAUCAGAUGUUGAUGGUAAAUUCCAAAAAACAGAGAGAGAAAAGUAACAUAACAUUGUAUUUCAUUUGUGAAAUAUUAUAACUAAUUAAACACCAUAUGUUUUGAAACAUCAGCUGACAAGUUUCUGAAUAUGUUGGACUUUAUUUAUUUUGAUGAACUUCAUGAUUUAGAAAUUGAUUCAUCAGGAGUUCUACAGAACUGAAAUCGGCAUACCAGGCGACCUACAAUUCAGAAGAAUUGAAGGUCGCCUGGUAUGCCGAUUUCAGUUCUGUAGAACUUUUUCUGAAUUGAAGGUCGCCUGGUAUGCCGAUUUCAGUUCUGUAGAACUUCUCAGCACUUGAGUGUGUCAUGGACAGAUAUUAAUAUCCGGGAUGAGAUCCGUAACUUUUCUAACCUGGUAGUUGAGAUUUGUCAACGUCAGUGGCCGUGUAUGAAUCGUCACUCUGUCACAUCAGUAGUACCAGUGUAUAUUGCUGUGUGGGUAAAUAAGGUGUACAUGACAUAUGGAUACUGUUAUUAGUCUGGGUCAGCCGCAUCACAUUUAAUUACAAAACAUAUAUAAUAUAUAAAUAAAAUGUCCGACAGGAUGAAGUUCACAUCUGA